AUGAGCGGAACGGCACAUGAUCCAUUCGUGUUGGCACCGGACUCUAGUCCGUCGGCUAGUCGCGACACCUACACAAAUCAUGCAAAGAUCCCUGUGCAGGAUUCUGGUGCUGAUUCCAACUCGUUUCGGCAAAAUUUAGAGAAAUUUCAAUACCAUGAUCCGUCCACAACGAGCACAGCUCCAAGACAGGCAGAUGGUGUCAGCUCUGCGUACUCAUCUGCGUCAGGAAGUUCACCUACGCCUUCUGACAGUAUCUUGCAUAUUAAAGCUACGCGUCUUGCGCGUUUGUUCUCAAGCUACACGGUUGACCAAUGUGUGGACGUAUUGCGUUCUUCUAACUAUGAUCUAGGCGAAGCUAUUGAAAAGCUUCGUCCUAAAAAAUUAGAGCCCCCUCCUCCCUCUCUUCAACAUUCAUUCGCAAUGCCUGUCUUCCAUCCUGCUGCGCCUACUCCUGUUCCUGCUCCUGCAAGCCGCCCAACUGCAUCGAAACGCCCACCCAAACGCAAGGCACGUGCUGUGUCGGAUUCCGACUCGGAUGGAUCAUUGAGUCUUGAUGACGCAUCUACAGAUGAAGAAGAGUUUGGCGAUAUGGAUGAACGCACGAUUCACCAGCAACAGCAAGCACUGUCCUGGUUCAACCAAUGUGAUGCACCCGAUUUGAUCGACACCAUUAACUGCUCAACAGAACAAGCCAACACGAUAAUGAAUUUGCGCCCGUUUGAUACUGUCGACGAUGUCUAUGAGAAGCUGGGUGAUAAGUCAAGCAAGGGCGUAUCACCUCGUCUAUUCACAAACUGUGUGGAACUAAUGGCAGGUUACAUGGAAGUCGAUGAAGUGCUUGCAAAGUGCGAAUCAAUUGGGCAGCAAAUCAACGACGCUAUGAGUUCAUGGCGUAUGAAAGAAGAGGCUGCAUUGGAUCCAUCUAGAAGCAAAGAGGAUAAGUUUCUUGACAAGCAACCAAGCAAUUUGGCGAAAGAUGUGGUGCUGAAAGAUUAUCAGUUAACAGGUCUUAGCUGGCUCAAUCUUUUGUAUCAGAAGAAUACAUCAUGUAUCUUGGCUGAUGAAAUGGGGCUCGGUAAAACGUGCCAGGUAAUUGCUUUCCUGGCUCACCUAAAAGAAAAUAAUAAGCGCCGAGGACCCCACUUGAUUGUGUCACCGUCGUCUGUAUUAGAAAAUUGGGCGCGGGAAAUUCAGCGUUUCUGCCCCAAUUUGCGCAUGGAAGUAUAUUAUGGCUCGCAGGCUGAACGCCGUGAUUUGCGUGCGGAACUCAAAGGCCGCGAUGACUAUGAUGUGCUCCUUACUACGUAUGACAUGGCUACAGGUAGUCAUGAUGAUCAUACGUUCUUACGGAAACGUGGUUUUGACGUUUGUGUGUUUGACGAGGGCCAUAUGCUAAAGAAUCGCAAGUCACAAAAAUACGCCAAGUUGCUGCGCAUCUCCGGGCGCUGGCGUCUACUACUCACUGGUACGCCUUUGCAGAAUAAUUUGCAGGAACUCGUUUCGCUUCUAAAUUUUAUUCUUCCGGAUUAUUUCACAGAUGCUGAGGAAGCGCUGGUGGCUAUCUUCAAAGUGAAACAAGGUGCAGGUACGACGCAGCUCUCACAGCAACGUGUUGAGCGAGCGAAACGGAUGAUGCAGCCAUUUGUGCUACGCCGACGGAAAGAUCAGGUCUUGCGAGGCCUCACAGAAAAGACAGAACGGAAUGUCAUGUGUGAAAUGACGGAGCGUCAAGCACAAAUUUACAAGGAUGUAUUGCAGCGCACAAAAGCAGCGUUGGCUGAGGAACCAAAGGGUAAGAGGGGCACGAACAGGGAUACAGCGAAUGUGUUGAUGGACCUCCGAAAGGCGGCAAACCACCCGUUGCUAUUCCGCACAUUGUACGAUGAGAAGAAGAUUGCGGCACUCGCGCGCGAUUAUGUCCGUGAACCUGAGCAUGCGGAAGAGAACUUGCAGCACUUACGCGAAGACUUCACCAUCAACACAGAUGCAGAGCUUUCGCUCCUAGCGCGUUCAUGGAAGUCGACGCGGAGGCAUGUACUGCCGGAAUCGGAAUGGAUGAACUCUGGCAAGAUUCAGCAGCUUCGUAAGAUUAUCGACGAGGUUGUCGAGCGGCGUGAUCGAAUGCUGAUAUUCUCCCAAUUUACUUCUGUGCUCGACAUCUUGUGCGUAUGUCUAGAGCACAUGGGCGUCAAGUAUGUUGGGUUUACCGGCCAAACGAAUGUGGGUGAUCGACAGGUUCUCGUCGACAAGUUUACCAGUGACCCCACCAUCCCUGUCUUUUUAUUGUCGACGCGUGCUGGAGGUCUCGGCAUCAAUCUCGUUGCGGCGAACUGGGUCGUACUGUUCGACCAAGACUUUAACCCGCAGAAUGACAAGCAAGCCACUGACCGGUGCUACCGGAUAGGACAAACGAAACCAGUGACUGUUGUACGGCUUAUUAGCCGCGGAACAAUUGAUGAGGAUAUUCUGGCACUUGCGCACCGGAAGCUUGAAUUGGCCGAUCGUGUGUCCGGACAGGCAGCCGAAGUCGAGGGCGAUGAAGAACAAAUGGAGUCUGAUAUUAAGGGUCGUAUAGCAUCGUCACUUCUUGCGCAAGUUCGUGAGCGUUCAACUCAGUAA